CUGGAACCUUGGGUUGCUUUGCUUCGAGCUCAGAUGCGAGGCUCCAACAUUUUGGAGAAGGCGCGCUCCCCUGAUGCUACUUCGUGCAGGCUGUUCGGCCCUUUCCUCCUUCCCUCCCGCCCGAAGUCUAAAACGGACCCUCUCCGUCCUGUCCGUCCUGACCUCUGGUGCGACCUUACCUCUGUCUCCUUCACAAGCCAGCUGUUUCCCCAAACCUGGCUCCCGCAACUGUGUCCUCGAGGCCCUCAUGCGCGCCUGUCUGGGUUUCUGUUAGAGCCCCUCGAGGAAUGUGAGAAACAUCGUGCAAUCGUACAGCAUUCCAUCCUAUUUUCAGAUUCGUGAAGCCUAUCUGGUGUCUGGCUGGGGAGUCGGGAGCCCCCUCAACGUCGAGCCCAAUCGCUCCCUCCUGGCAGAUGAUAACAACCGGCUGAAUAGACGCUCGUCGCGCAGACUGCGGGCAGUCAGUCCUUAGGCCAGCCAGUCCGCCAGUCCAUCAGUCCGUCAGUCAGGACCUCGUCGCCUAUCAUGGCGUCGUGGACUGUGGCGCGGCCAGCUUUGGCCCACAACAACCACUUCUCCUCGGCCCCAGCUGUUGAAGCUCUUUUCCAGCGGUCCUCGCGCGUCCUGGAUCUUGCCCCUGUUGUCGUUGCUCGCAACCGCCCGUUCUCCUACCGCCAACACUACCAAUGGCACUCGGCUCGCGGGCAGAAGAAUGCUGCCGUGUCCCCUCUGUCGGUUGUCGUCCGCAAGCAACAGCCGCUCGAGCUGGUCCGCCAUGCUUCCGUGCUGUCCAACAUUCCGGUCCCGCCACCUGCAGCUCCCGGUGCGAGCUACUCGACCGCCGUCGUGCCGCCCACCACUCCGUACUCUAAGCUGACUGUCGGUAUUCCUCGUGAGACGUUUCCCAACGAGAAGCGCGUUGCCAUCACCCCCCAGAAUGUCGCCCUCCUGCUCAAGAAGGGCUUCUCCAAGGUUCUUGUCCAGCGCGGCGCUGGCGCCGAAGCUGAUUUUCUCGAUGAGGCCUACGAUAAAGCCGGCGCCACUCUUGUCGAUGAUGCUUCUCCCAUCUGGCAGCAGUCAGAUAUUGUGCUCAAGGUCCGCGCUCCCUCUAGCCCUGCCGAAACAGACAGCUUGCGCGAGGGCCAGACUAUCAUCAGCUUCCUCCAGCCCGCCCAGAACAAGCCCCUCGUCGAGAAGAUCGCCGCAAAGAAGGCUACCGCUUUUGCCAUGGACAUGAUCCCUCGCAUCAGCAGGGCGCAGGUCUUUGACGCUCUCAGCUCCAUGGCCAACAUCGCUGGUUACAAGGCGGUCUUGGAGGCUUCCAACAACUUUGGUCGUUUUCUCACUGGUCAAGUCACAGCCGCUGGAAAGAUCCCGCCUUGCAAGGUCCUCGUGAUCGGCGCAGGUGUCGCCGGACUGAGUGCUAUCGCAACAGCCAGGAGGCUCGGAGCCAUCGUUCGGGGCUUUGACACGCGUUCUGCCGCGCGCGAACAGGUCCAGUCGCUUGGUGCCGAAUUCAUCGAGGUAGAACUCCAGGAAGACGGCUCCGGCGCCGGCGGUUACGCGAAGGAAAUGUCCAAGGAAUUCAUCGAGGCCGAAAUGAAGCUCUUCACCGAGCAGGCUCGCGAGGUUGACAUCAUCAUCACAACUGCUCUGAUCCCAGGCCGCCCAGCUCCAAAGCUCAUCACGAAGGCCAUGGUCGAAAUCAUGAAGCCUGGAUCCGUCAUUGUCGAUUUAGCGGCUGAGGCUGGCGGGAACUGUGAAAAGACCGUCCCAGGCGAGCUUACUACAUAUCAAGACGUCAAAAUUAUCGGUUACACUGAUCUUCCCUCAAGGCUGCCUACGCAAUCGUCCACUCUAUACUCCAACAACAUCGUCAAGUUCCUUCUGUCCAUGACCCCUGCUGAGAAGGAAUUUGGCAUCGACCUGAACGAUGAAGUUGUUAGGGGUUCCAUUGUCACCCAAAAGGGAGAGAUCAUACCACCGGCUCCACGUCCAGCACCCCCACCCGCCCCGGCCGCCCCUUCGACAGCAGCAGCGAAAGAGGAAGAAGUGGUUGCCUUGACUCCGUUCCAAAAGACUUCCCGAGAAGUCGGUUUUGUUACAGGUGGCAUGGCUACGGCUUUGGCUCUAGGGAAGCUCACUGGCCCAGCGUUCAUGAGCAAUGCCUUCACCUUCGGCCUGGCUGGCUUGAUUGGCUAUCGCGUGGUCUGGGGAGUCCAGCCUGCUCUUCACUCUCCUCUGAUGUCUGUGACAAAUGCCAUCUCCGGCAUGGUCGGAAUCGGUGGUCUGUUCGUCCUGGGAGGAGGUUACCUCCCCGAGACCAUCCCUCAAGCUUUCGGCGCGGCGUCCGUCAUCCUCGCUUUUGUGAAUGUUUCUGGAGGAUUCGUCAUUACGAAGCGAAUGCUUGACAUGUUCAAGCGCCCAACUGACCCUCCGGAGUAUCCUUGGCUGUACGCAAUCCCCGCAGUUGUGUUUGGAGGUGGCUACCUGGCUGCCGCGUCAACUGGGGCAGCCGGUCUCGUCCAAGCCGGAUACAUGGUCAGCUCCGUGCUGUGCAUCAGCAGUCUCUCCAGCCUCGCGUCGCAAGCCACGGCACGAAUGGGGAAUGCGCUCGGUAUUCUCGGAGUAGGAUCUGGCGUUUUGGCAUCUCUCCUUGCUGUGGGCUUUUCGCCCGAGGUUCUGACUCAAUUUGGCGCUCUUGCAACCGUGGGCAGCAUUCUUGGAUUCUUAAUCGGCAAACGGAUCACGCCUACUGAUCUUCCUCAGACUGUCGCUGCUCUUCACUCGGUGGUCGGACUGGCAGCGGUGUUGACCUCCAUUGGCAGCGUCAUGGCCGAUCUAGAUCAUGUAUCAACACUGCAUUUGGUCACUGCCUACCUGGGUGUCUUGAUUGGUGGCAUCACAUUCACCGGAUCUAUUGUCGCAUUCAUGAAGCUCGCAGGAAGGAUGUCGUCGCGACCUACAAUCCUCCCAGGCCGACAUGUCAUCAAUUCCGGUCUUCUGGCAACCAAUAUCGGCACGAUGGGCGCUUUCGUGACCAUGGCACCCGGGGCGCCAAUGAUUGCUGCUGGUGCGCUCGCAGCGAACACGGCCCUGUCAUUCAUCAAGGGAUAUACUACAACCGCGGCAAUCGGCGGUGCCGACAUGCCUGUUGUCAUUACAGUCCUCAACGCCUAUUCUGGUUUUGCCCUCGUGGCCGAGGGAUUCAUGCUCGAGAACCCGCUCCUGACGACCGUUGGCGCUCUUAUCGGGGUUUCUGGUUCAAUUCUGUCAUACAUCAUGUGUGUCGCCAUGAACCGGUCACUGACCAAUGUUCUCUUUGGCGGUAUCGCUGCGCCUCAGCAAAGCGACUACAAGAUCGAAGGCAGCGUGACACAGACUAAUGUUGAGGAUGUAUCGGAUGCGUUGGUCAACGCGGAAAAUGUCAUUAUAGUAGUCGGCUAUGGUAUGGCUGUCGCGAAGGCACAGUACGCCAUAUCGGAUAUGACCAAGAUGCUCCGGGCCAAGGGUAUCAACGUCCGCUUCGCCAUCCACCCUGUUGCUGGCCGCAUGCCCGGCCAGUGCAACGUGCUACUCGCAGAGGCGAGUGUGCCAUACGACAUCGUGCUCGAGAUGGACGAGAUCAACGAUGACUUUGGAGACACGGAUGUCACUCUAGUCAUUGGUGCCAACGAUACCGUCAACCCCAUCGCCCUGGAACCCAACAGCCCGAUCGCUGGCAUGCCGGUGCUGCACGCCUGGAAGAGCAAGCAGACUAUCGUGAUGAAGAGAGGAAUGGCGAGUGGCUACGCUGACGUACCCAACCCCAUGUUCUACAUGCCUGGCACACGCAUGUUGUUUGGUGAUGCCAGCAAGUCCACCAAUGCCCUGAAAGCUGCCAUCGAGGCAAAGCUGUCGUAGAUUUUUCCAAGAUGUCGGAGAUUUCUUUCUAGUUCUUCCGCAGUCUGUGAAUGAGACGUCAACUUCCGCAUUACAUUCCUGGCGAUACAACUUAGAUACAAGGGGCUGGCAUUUUGCAUCGGUUCUCCUGCUGUCUCGAGCAUCGCAUAUAGUUAAGGUCGCGAUGGAAUUACGUGCCUGUUCCUCAAGAGGCUUGUUUGCCAUCUCUUAGUUAUUCAGACAUUCGCGGGACAGUGGCCGGGUGGUCUACCCAGGUAGAGUGCGCACCCGGGUGUAGCUAUAUCGGCCCUUUUCUAGGAGUGGUCAUCCGCCGUCCAUCUCUUUUUUAACACUGAGUAAAUCCCACUUUCGAGCAGUCACGUUCCGAGGUUCUCAUGGCAGCGUUGAGUCGGCUGCCGCUUGAGCAGUCGGCUCCUCACAUUGUGCACUGCACACAUGUAUUGUCGCUGAGACUUUUUGACCAAUGUGGCAGCC